AUGUCCUACCGUUUCCUUCAGUACCGCUCUAAGCGUUUCCCGGCCGGGCGCGUCGGUCUCGUCAACGCGGACGGCACUCAGGUCACUCCCAUCAACUUUCCCAACGGCCGCCCCGUCGUCGACCUGAAGGUCCUCAUCCGAGACUGGGAUGCAGUCGCAAGCUCGCUCUUGCCGUCGCACGCCGUCGAGGCGAUCAGCUCCGUCGAGAUCCUCGCUCCCGUCACCGGCCGCGACAUCAUCUGCGUCGGCAAGAACUACCUCGAGCACGCACGCGAGUUCCAGCAGUCGGGCUGGGACGGCAGCAGCAAGGACGACAUCCCCAAGCACCCCGUCGUCUUCACCAAGCGCGCAACUUCGAUCAUCGGCACGAAUCAGCCCAUCCACCCACACCCGAACGUCACUACCAAGCUCGACUACGAGGGCGAGCUCGCCAUCAUCGUUGGAAAGGGCGGGAGGAACAUCAAGAAGCAGGAUGCGUGGGAACAUGUCUGGGGAGCUUGCGUCUUGAAUGAUGUCACGGCGCGAGACCGACAGCGCGAUCACAUCCAGUUCUUCCUCGGCAAGUCCCUCGACACCUUCUGCCCGAUGGGGCCCUAUGCAGUCCAUUCUAGCAACCUCGACUGGCAGAACAUGACCAUCGAGACUCGCGUUAACGGCCAACUCCGCCAGCGCGCCAACGCCUCCGACCUAAUCUUCGACAUCCCGACGCUCAUCGAGACAUGCUCAGCGGGCAUCACUCUCCAACCUGGCGACGUGAUCGCUACCGGCACGCCUGUCGGGACUGGGAUGGGCCAGAGUCCGCAGGUCUUCCUCCAACCAGGCGAUGUUGUCGAGGUCGAGAUCACGGGACUCGGCAAGCUUUCGAACGUCGUCGCCCGGCCCAACACCGAGCCAGUCGUCCAGCUCCCGCUCGAGCAGGAGACGGGUGAGUUGUCGUACUUGGCCGACUCGAACCUCCUCCGCCUCAAGUCCGGCCUCAACUUGCACGUCGAAGUUCUCAACCCGGACGCUCAGCAGACCAUCAUCUUCAUCCACGGACUGGGCGGCUCGUCGACCAACUUUGCCGCCGUCAUCCAGGCUGCCGGACUUGCCGAAACCUACCGCGUCGUCUCAUUCGACUUCGAAGGCCACGGUCUCAGUCCGCUCAGCGGCAACGGCUCGACGAGCGUCGAGGGAUACGUCGCGAGCGUGGCGGAGGUGCUCGACAGCGUUGGGGCGGACAAAGCCACCGUUGUCGGACACAGUCUUGGCGGACUGAUUGCGACAACCUUCGCCGCCAAGCACGCUUCGAGGGUCGACAAGCUCAUCCUGCUCGGCCCGGUCAAGAAGAUGGCGCCCGGCGGAGUCGACGCCCUGACGAAGCGCGCCGAGACGGUCCGCUCAGGCGGCAUGUCCGCCAUCGUCGACGCUGUCUCCACUGCCGGCUGCUCCACCAAGACCAACUCCUCCCGCCCUCUCAGCAAAGCCGCGGUCCGCGCAUCGCUCCUUGCCUCUCAGCCCGAAGGCUACGCGCAGGCUUGUCUUGCCCUCGCACACGCCGAUGACCCUGACUACUCGGCUAUCACUGCCCCGACGCUCAUCGUCGCCGGCAGCGAGGACAAGACCUCGCCUCAGGCGACUAUCGACUUCCUCUCCGGCGCAAUCACGGGCGCGAAGGUCGCCAAGAUCGAAGACGUCGGUCACUGGCACCAAGUUGAGGACGUCGACGCUGUCGCGAGGGAGAUUAGGACGUUUGUCAAGACGGCCAAGGUUAACGGCGUCAAUGGCGUCAACGGCGUGCACACGAACGGCGUCAACGGACACAGCGCUCUCUAG